GCACCAUGCGCCACCGUGAGUGAGAGGAGCCGCCACCGGGAACUGCUGCGGACUCUUUUCACACAUGACACCGGCCCGGGCCCUCCGAGCUCCCGGUUCACCUCCUCACUUUUAAACUUUAUGGACGAACUCCUCCGCCGCCGCUCGCCCGAAGUGACGCUUCCCAACUACACAGACGGAGUAAGACGACGAGCAGAAAUGGAGAUGUAAAUUGGACGUGGAGGAACAUUAAUACACUUUUUUCGCAUCCUGCUGGAGCUGCUUUUUUUUUUCUUCCGAUGUGGUCGCUCACGGACAACAGGAUUUUAAGUCAAGUUGAAUGAUGGCAUCACGUUGGGUUAAUUCUUUUGAAGAAGAUGAGAGACAACAUGCGAGAGCUUCGUUCUGUGAGAAUGACUCUCCAGACUGGAGAAACAUGGCAGAUUCUCCCGCAGCACCAAACCCAACCGAGGAGGAGCCAUUUUCAUGGCCGAGACCUAAAACUGUACGUUUACGUCGCACUUCCCAAGGCUUCGGCUUCACCCUGCGGCACUUCAUCGUUUACCCUCCAGAGUCGACCAUGCACUGCUUCCCGGAAGAAGAUUAUGGCCCCAGAGGAGGGAGACAGCGGAACAGGCUGGAUCCGAUGGACACCAUCUUCGUCAAGCAAGUCAAAGAAGGUGGUCCUGCUCACGGAGCUGGGCUUUGCACAGGUGAUCGCUUAGUGAAGGUGAAUGGGGCAAGCAUUAUUGGGAAAGCCUAUUGUGAGGUCAUAUCCUUAAUCCAAGACAGUGGUGACUUUCUUGAACUUUGUGUGAUGCCAAAAGAUGAGGAUAUUCUUCAGCUGGCCUACUCCCAGGAUGCCUACAUCCGCGGCCAAAGCAACUACAGCGGAAAUGCCUGUCACAUUCCUGACCCACCCCCAGUAUGCUACCCUAGAGUAGACUGUAAGCCUACGGGCAUGGCCCAGGCGACAGACACAGCGGGGCAGGUCUGCCGAGGGCCAACAGCACCUCCUGACCAUGGAUACCGCAAGGAGAUCACCGUGCCCCCUUCUCCUCCUCCUCCUCAAUCUUAUCCCAAAAGCCAGAUGGCAGUUUGCAUGCGCAACGACAGUGUGAGGACUGUGGUGGUUCCUCCUGAUGCAGCCCACAUGGUGCGCAAGGGUCCAGCUCACAGGAUGGAUUUCAUGGAUCCUGCCUUUGUCAGAGGGAGGCCUGGGUCACUGGCUCAGUAUCCUCACCACCGAAAGGCUGAUGCCUAUCCCAGUGGUCCAGGAAUGGUUCCAUAUGGAGGUCAGGUACCUCACUACCCAGGAAACCAUCAAAACAUUGAUUGGCGCACUUACCAGACAUACAGGGAGUACAUCGACAACAAAGGAAUCCAUUCCCAUGGUAGCCGGACUAUCCAGGAGAGGCUUGACAGUUUUCGAACUGCCAAUCAGACCAGCUUUGGUGCUACUCAUCACAUUCCCCGAGGAGACUGGGGCCCUAAGGAGAUACGACGGAGAAGUACCUCCCAUGAACGGUCAUACCAAGGACCUCCACCCCACUUUCAGAUUGCCCCACGCAGUGCCUCGCAGGACCGCAUGAGCAGUGCAGAAAGGAUGGGCCUUGCCAGGAACUGGCCCCCUCGAAGCGUAUCCCAAGAUGGGCUUGUGCACAAAGCUCGGGCUCACUCCACAGACUAUGUUGACCCUGCAGAGCUGGUAAGACUCAAUGAGAGGAGAGGAGGGUAUGUAAGGGCAGAACAAGGUACGAGGCCCAGCAGGCAGUCCAUCCCUAGACAAGCCAUGCUCCACAGGCCUUCUGUUGGAUACAGUGGUGGCAUGAGGGGGGCACCCAACCCUGUUCUCUACUCUAAAGGACCAGACUCUCAUCAAACACGCUCCUCACCCAUGCUCUCAGACAGACCCUCACAUUUUGGAAAGAGCACAAGUGCUGAUCAUUCUUUUGCUGAGCAAAGAGUUCCAGUCAAAGGAAACCAUCCAGGCCGCACUACUAAAGGGCCGAGCAGGAUACGGGCUGAAAGCGUGCAGCCUGUCGAGGCAGGCAGAGACGCAACAUUGGUAGGACACAGGUCUUCUUCUACCCCAAAACAGAUGCCUCAGAGGCCUAGCAUCCUCAAACCUCCCCACCUAGUCCCCCAGAGUCAGGUGAACGGGCGAAGCCCAACAGAGUCCGAAGUGGUUCUGAGGGAGAAGCCCCCCCCUGGAAAGAACCCCAGUCCUCUUCGACACCCUUCCUACAUUCUGGCUGUUAACGAUGACGGAGCAGAUUCCACAGCAGAUGUGGCGGCAUGCUGGCUUCCCAAUGAUGCACGUCGAGAAAUACACAUGCGCCGCCUUGGGGAACAAUGUCACACCUCCUGUUCUAGCAACCUGGAUGAGUCUCUGGACUCCAUUCCAUUCAUCGAUGAGCCAGUCAGCCCCAGUGUCGACCGAGAGGCCACUCCAAUCCCACCCUCCGCUGUGAUAUCUGUUGCACAGUCCAUGACUACAGGUCCCAACAGUCCUGGCUCGCCUUGUCUUACCAUUCGACGUCAACUAUCACAUGACCAAGACUCCUUGAGAAGUGCUUUAGAGGAAUCUGACACAGCCAGCAGAACUGAGCGGUCCAAAUCCUAUGAUGAGGGUAUAGAUAACUACCAAGAGGAGGGUAGAGGGAGAUCUUCCAGUAAGCACAUGCCCAGUUUCAAGGGCUUGAGAAAGGCUCUGGAUGGACAUAAAUCAUCUGGGGAUUCAGGAUCUCGAAGGGAUUCCUCAUCAGAUAUCUUUGCUGAUUCCUCCAAAGAAGGAAAGCUUAACUUAAGGCAGUUUAGUACUGAUAAAAACAAGCGUGUCAGUGGAGGAAUGAGAUCAUGGAAGCAGAUGUAUGGUGUUUUACAAGGUCACAACUUGACCCUCUACAAAGACAGGAAAGAUGCGCUCUCUCAUGUGUCGACACCAUCUGAAGAGGACCCGCUACGAAUCAGCAUCAAGGCCUGUCUGAUUGACAUCUCCUAUAGCGAUACGAGACGUAAGAACGUGCUGCGACUAACCACCUCAGACUGCGAGUACUUGUUCCAGGCGGAAGGGAGGGACGCUAUGCUGUCGUGGAUCAGAGUCAUUCAGCAAAAUAGCAACCCGGAUGAAGAGAAUGCUUCUGUCACAAGCCAGGACCUGAUCAGUCGAAAGAUCAAAGAAUACAACUUGAUGAGUGCACCCAGCAGCAGAUCUGAACCUUCCCCCAAAAGCUCCCGCCAGUCCCUCAGCAUCAAACAAGCUUUCAUGGGAGGGAAAACCGAGGGCAAGAGCCACAGCCCCCAUUCACCGAAAACAGGAGAGGAGCGAAGAGGGCUGAAAGAUGACUCCAGUCCACCGAGGGACAGAGCUGCUUGGAAAAUCGGUAUCGCAGGAAUGAUGAGGAAGCCGUUUGAAAAAAAGACUCCUGCUGGGGUCACAUUCGGGGUGCGGCUUGAUGACUGUCCAGCUGCACUGACUAACAGGUUUGUUCCUCUGAUCGUGGAGGUGUGCUGCAACGUGGUGGAGGAGCGAGGUCUGGAGUACACAGGGAUUUACAGAGUCCCUGGGAACAACGCUGCCAUCUCCAGCAUGCAGGAGGAGCUCAACAGCAAAGGCAUGAAUGACAUCGACGUACAGGAAGAUAAAUGGCGGGACCUCAAUGUCAUCAGUAGCUUGCUGAAGUCCUUUUUCCGAAAACUUCCAGACCCUCUGUUUACAAAUGAGAAAUAUGGAGAUUUUAUCGAAGCCAACAGAGCAGAAGACUCGGUGGAGAGGUUAAAAGAGCUCAAGAGGCUGAUCCAGGAAUUACCCGAUCAUCAUUUGGAAACUCUGAGAUUCCUCUGUGCUCACCUCAAGAAGGUUUCUGACAACUGUGAAAAGAACAAGAUGGAGCCUCGUAAUUUGGCCAUAGUGUUUGGUCCAACACUGGUGCGAACCUCUGAGGACAACAUGACCAACAUGGUCAAUCACAUGCCGGACCAGUGCAAGAUAGUGGAGAACCUCAUCCAGCAAUAUGACUGGUUCUUCACUGAAGACGGUGACGAGGACCCUGUUACCACAGCAGAGCAGGAUAGCACAGUGCAGUCUCAGCCUGUUCCUAACAUCGACCACCUGCUCCUCAACAUUGGACGAACCACAGCAUCACCGGGCGAAGUCUCAGAUUCAGCAUGUAGUGACUCCUCCAAAGCUAAGGGUUUGUGGGGGUCAGGGAAGGAUCAGUGUAGCAAAGAGAUGCUGCGCUCCUCCUUCUUCGCCAGCCGUAAACGCAAGAAGCCCAAGGACAAAAUUCAUCCUAGCAGCUCAGACGACGACCUGGACGGUGUGUUCAUCAAGAAGGAGCUCCCAGAGGAGAGUCACCAGCAGCCUCUGUGGUCCCCAGACACACGGACCGAGGAGGAGGAGGAGGGGGAGACGGAUGAAACCAGCGAGAAAGAGAGACACAGCUCAGAGGAGCAGCUGGACAAAAGCAGCAGGAAAGAGUCUCUCUCCAGCAGCCUGAUGUCGCAAACCUCCCUCUCUCUGCACCCGGAGCACAUUUCCUCCUACACCUCCCCCCCUCAUUCCCCAAACCUCAGCUACCGGAUGCCGAUGGCUCACCAGUCCUCUCUGUCCGACCCGCCCUCCAACUACGAUGACACAGUGUCCGACCUUGGUACGAUGAACAGCACCAGCUCUCAGGCCUCGGUGCCCAGGGUGAGACGCGGCCGGACGGUGGCACCGGGUCAAGAAGCGGGCCCCAGCGGGCUGGGGGCGGAGGUCUGCUCCAUCACCUCCGACUACUCCACCACCUCCUCCAUGACGUUCCUGACUGGAGCCGAGAUCAGCACCCUCAGUCCUGAAGUGCAGUCUGUGGCCGAGAGCCGGGGCGGAGACGAUGCAGAUGAUGAGAGAAGCGAGCUCAUCAGCGAGGGAAGGCCGAUGGAGACGGACAGCGAGAGCGACCUGUCUGUGUUCACUGUCGGGAAAACCGAGCAGAGAGAACUGCAAGAAGCUCUGCGACCUCUCGCCUCCCACAGACUCAUCGAAUGUGACACGCUCUCCAGAAAGAAAGCCGCCAAACAGAAAACAGACAGUGAGUCGUCGCUGGAAGGAGCUCGGAGCGAUAAAGAUUCCAACAGACUGUCCUGUGUUUUGGGUUCAGCUAAAGGCAUUUCAACCGGCAGCCUCAGCUCCUCGUCUCGCAGUGAGCUGGAUAAGACGGAGCCUGCGUGGAAGCUGAAGAUCACCGACCGACUGAAGGUGCGCUUGCGGACGUCUGUGGACGACAUGUUUGGCGUGGGCAGUCAGAGGAUCCGGUCCCCGGAGGGUCGCAGCAAGAAGAAGAACAUCCGACGCAGACACACCAUGGGCGGUCAGAGGGACUUUGCAGAGCUGUCCGUUCUGGGCGACUGGCCGCAGCACAUUUGCUCGGGCUCUCGGUCGGAGCUGUCAGCCGUGGACCGGCUCAAGCCCAAGUGCACCUCUCAAGACUUCUCCAUCGGCGACUGGAUUGCCAGAGAGCGCCACCGCACCAGCAACCCCGAGGUCAGCCUCGACUUCCCUGACCAGCAGGGGGGUCUGUGCAGCUCAAACUGCCAAAACCGCAGAGCCUCUUCCUCGUCGGAACUCCCACAUCGUCCAGCUGAAGCGGUGAACGGGGACGUUCCCCAGAGUAAAAACCUGAGCCUCUCGGCCACCGCUCACCCGCAUAAACUCGCCAGUUCCCAGGUGGUUCAUUCACGAUUCUAUCAGUACCUGUGAUGUGACGGACACGUGUGACUGUGUAUGUUCUUUGUCUGUGACAUAUGUACUUACUUGGGAGUCUGUCGAUAUAAUGUCUGUAUGACCAAUGUUUGUGAAUGAGCAUGUUGUACAAAACGUGUCAGGAGUGUGCGUCUGUAAGUGAUGUGUGUGCUCGUGAAAAGAGAAUUACUGUACACAGGGAUCGUUGAUCUUGCUCGUAUAUAAGGCAUGGAACAAAAUGUUGUUUUUACCUUUUUAAUUUCUUUUAUUUUUUAAUGACAAAUGACUCUGGGAUGGAUCAGCAGGAGGAUCCCCUCCCUCCUAAUUCAAAUCCCUGUUAUGCUGAAGGUGGAGAGGACCUGUUGCUCGGCGACGAGCCUGUGAAGCAUGUGCGAGUAAGUGUGAACACUCAAGAGUUAAGAUUGUUUAAAAGGUUUUAGCUAAGUGGCUUUAAGGAUGACCUGACUUCUAGGAUGAAUAGGAAGUAGUGAAAAAAAGAUUUUUAGUAUUGCAGAGGAGCUAUUUUUGUGUAAAGAAAGUUAUGAUGUUUAAAGUCAGUGAGUCUCUCAGUAACCAAAUGAAGAAUGUACAGACAUGCUUGCUGUAAUACUGACUAAAAGCUUUAGAUGCUUGUGUUUCAUUCUAAAAGUGUACAUAUCCCUAUUUUUCUGUGUACUUGAAUUGUUUUUGGUACAGCCUGUGUGUGGACUGCUUACAAGCUCUCUGCUGUCAAAGGGGCCUUUCCAAAGGUACAAAGGUCACGAGGAGACACUGGAGUUAUGCAAAUGGAGCCAGAUGUUCCCCCCCCCUCCCGGUUAUGGGGUUUUUAAGAGCAGUGAACAACGUCCCUCUGAUGCAAAUGUUCUGCCGUGUACUAGUGUCUGUGGUUCACACAUCUGCCGGUGACUGGCAGGAGAUCGCAAAGAGGAAGCAAAAGAAUCUGGGUGAAGGAAUCAGAAAAGAAAAUCAUGUAUCUUCACAAUAGGAAGUGCCUCACAAUGAAAUGUUAAGGGUGCCAUACUGUCUUUGUUGAGAAACACGAAGAUGUUACUGUGAAUGACAUUUUUAUUGUCGACUGUCAUUCUACAGGUUAGGAACCAAUAUGCCGAGCUUCCAUUCCUUAGGCAUUCCACUCUGGUCUUAACAUGUUUUGUACUUUUUUUUUUUUUCUUCUUCUCCUUCUCCUCCUGUUUUUUCAUUUUUUGAUUUUAACAGAACUUGAAUUUUAAAUAAUUCCUUGUAAAAUAAGUAACUUAAAUGUACAUAUAAAUGCCAUGUUCUAGCUGCUUUACUUGACAUUUCCAUCAGAUGGCAGGAUUAAGUACAGUAUUGAGAGAUGACGCUCACGCGGCCUGUGAGGGUGUUGCGGGCAGUUUGGUACUUCUCUGUGAGAGAGAGCGAGAGGAAACAUUGGAUUGAGCUGGACCAUUUGUACCGAUGCUGUGUUCCUCUGACUGCGAGAGGUCCUGAGACACUGGAAAUAAAAUUUGUCAAUUGCAAA